CUCCUGAAAGAGUGUCGUCAUCUCUCAUACGUUUUGGCCUUUUCUUUUGUGAAUUCUUGUGGCCGUCAGGAUCGCAGUGGAGGUGGAGGUAUAAAUAGCUCAAGUGCUGGGGAAUCCGUGUUGCGAUUCGUGUUCAUUUUAGUACUCUCUCGAGGAAAGCACAAGAAUAACGAAACUCAUUUUUUUCUUGCAUGCCAUGUCUUCCGUUGAGGAUAUAUUGCCUUUGAUUGAGUUGAAGGGAAUUACAGAGAAUUCUCGGGCUUCUGCAGGCUCCGUUCUGCAGGGCGUCUCUCAAUCCAUGGCGAACGCAACCCGUACCAGUCAUCUUUCUGCAUUGGACAGCUGCCGAGAUGAGGGAACAGCAUUCACCUUGAAAAUGGUGGCGAUUGCAGCAAUCCUCUUUGCUGGGGCAUGCGGUAUUGCGAUACCCUUGGUGGGUAGGAAGCGUAGGUUCCUUGGAACAGAUUCCAACCUUUUUGUCGCAGUCAAGGCCUUUGCAGCUGGCGUCAUUCUCGCUACAGGAUUUGUGCACAUCUUGCCAGAUGCCACGUUAAGUUUGACGGACCCAAGUCUGCCUGAAGUUCCAUGGCAAGCAUUCCCAUUUUCUGGAUUUAUAGCAAUGAUGGCAGCAUUGGUGACUCUUCUGAUUGAGUUCGUUGGGACCCAGUACUAUGAGCGUAAACAAGAGAAAGAAAGCAAAAUUGCGCAGGUUGAUUCAGUGGACGUGUUAGAGUCGGGAACUGCUCCGAAGGUGUUUGGUGAAGAAGGUGGUGGCGGCAUGCCCAUUGUGGGGAUUCAUGCGCAUGCAGCACAACAUAGACAUAGCCAUCCUCAAGAUCAAGAAGCUUGUUCUGGAAAUAAGAGGGUUCAUCCACAUGGUCAUUCGCAUUCACUUGAUAUAUAUGAUGGGAAUGAAGAAGGUGUUAUGAGGCAUGUAGUUGUUUCACAGGUCUUGGAAUUGGGGAUACUAUCACACUCAGUGAUCAUUGGGCUGUCUCUUGGAGUAUCAGAAAAUGCAUGUACCAUAACACCCUUGAUUGCGGCAUUAUCAUUCCACCAGUUCUUCGAAGGGUUUGCUCUUGGGGGCUGCAUCUCUCAGGCUCAGUUUAAUACCGUCCAUGCUUCCAUUAUGGCAUGUUUUUUCGCCAUCACAACCCCAUUGGGAAUUGCAGUGGGGACUGGGAUUUCUACCAUUUACGAUCCAGAGAGUCCAAAAGCCUUGAUCGUUGAAGGCAUCUUUGAUUCUGUAUCUGCUGGAAUUCUUAUUUACAUGGCCUUGGUUGAUCUAAUUGCUGCUGACUUUUUGAGCAAGAGGUUGAGCUGCAAUACAAGACUUCAAGUGACUUCUUAUGUUUCACUGUUUCUGGGUGCAGCGUUGAUGUCCUUGCUUGCACUUUGGGCUUAAUUAAGUGUAUUUAGGUGUAUCUGCUUUUGUUUCUUUCUGCUUUUCGGUUCUUUUGGGAUUCCUCCCCCCGGCCCCCAAAAAAACUGCAUUGAGAGCAGUUGAUACAAGUCAUCAUCACACUUAUUUCCCUUCUGCCUUUGGAAGGGCAAUUGUAAUAGCCUUGUAAUUUGCAGAAGGCAACAUUUUCGGAAAUUUGAUUUCAGGAGUUUCUGAAUGCACAACGAUUUCACCCUUCCUUGCCUUGUUAAUUAAGGCAAUA